AUGCCUUCCGUCACAAUAUCUACUGCACAGAUACGCUCUCUUUUACAAUCGAAAGAGAAGUGCGCCUCUGUCAUGACCCCAAUGGGCAACAUGAUGUUGGAGAUUCAAGGUGAUCUUGACAUACCUUCCGUACCAGGGGACGACGAUCGAUUCAGCAGAUACGAUGAUAUUGAUAUUGUACGAUUGGGGUUGCUGCAUAUCAAUACAGAUGUGAAAACUGCUACCCUUUUUGUUGGUAAAAAACAGAGACUCUUAGGCAAAAUAGUGGAACUGGAGAAUCCUCUAGGCUUGCUGAAGUUUGAUCAUGAAAAUGGAACUGUUGAAAUGCAAGAUCUAUUUAGAUACAAAAUUUUAUUCAGCAACCGUCCAUUACCCGUUAUGUGA